AUGUCUGCCAUUGACUGGAACCUGAAUUUCGGAGGGAUUUCUGUCAUCUCCCAGUUGAUCAUUCUGGGCUACCGGAAAACUCUGGAACUGUCGCAUCUCUAUAUCCUGGAAGAGAAGCAUCUCUCGGCUAGUAUUGUACCUUCCUUUCUGCGCAACAUCUGCAAAUACCUCCAUGUGGACAUUGCUAACGAUUUGGAUACGCCUCACACCUCCAAACCCCAAUUCGCUCUCUCCUGGCCAGCUCAAGAGACCAGUUUUACAGGCUCUGAUGAGCAAAAACCGGCCACUGGUAACAGACUGGCCGAGAGUGAUGCCGCCGCUAACCUGAAUGACGGUUCAACCGACGCCCGAAUAUCCCUUUCUUUGGGACGACGGAGUACCUUCGCGGAGGUUAAUCCGUUCAGUAGAACCCAGGUUGUGGGUGCGGAUGGCCAAGAGAGUCGGCCCACCUCUAUCCUGCCCAACAUCAGAAUCCGCUUCUCCGGGCGCCCCUCAAAGUUCAAACAGCCACCGUCAAAAAAGAGCUCCGCUUCUGGUGAUCUGGAAGUCGGACUCUUUGGACAGGACAGGGGUGGCACUCCACCAACGGAUAUGAUGAGUGAUCACUUGUGUCACUCGUCGCCUCGUUCUCUUCCCUUUGUUUCACGUCCUUAA